ACGAGGAGAGGGAGGAGCCUUGAGGUUGUUUUUUGCUCCGCAGGCCGACCUCAGCGUGCAGUGGCGGCUGCAGGCGCUGAGGGCGGGGGUGCUGCACCCUAGUAGGUAGGCGCCGCGUUUCGCCGCUGCCAGCCAGCGGGGCACGGCCCCGCCUUCUGCCUCUCCUUCACGUGGCGGGAAUUGUCGGCCGCGGGAACCACCUGGGUUCCUCCGGGUAGGUCUUGCCCGCAGGUCUCGGGCAGGUAGUAUAGAUCAUCAGUAGAAAAACUUCCUGAAAGAAGAAAUUGUUCAAGAGAAAUUUGAAGGUAGCAAAAUAGAAGACAAAGAAUUGACAACAGGUGCAGAGGAUAGCAUAGAAAUUUUACUUCAUUCAUUUGUUUAACAAAUUUAUUCAGCAAAACUUUGUUGAACACCUAUUCUUGCUAGGUAUUAUCCUAGGCAACAGAACCACAGCACUGAACAAAACAGACGAAAAUCUCCUGCCCAUGUACAACUACAGCUGAUGAUGUCUUUCAGUUUCAAUAUAUUUAGAGUUGGCAUCUCUUUUGUUAUGAUGUGCGUUUUUUAUAAGUCAGCAGUAGACUCUCUAUCAGAACUGAGUCCUCAGAAAUAUUUCAGUACAUUGCAACCAGGAAAAGCCUCCUUAGCUUAUUUUUGUCAAGCUGAUUCUCCAAGAACCUCUGUAUUUCUUGAAGAACUGAAUGAGGCUGUUAAACCUCUCCAGGACUAUGGAAUUUCAGUUGCAAAGGUUAAUUGUGUCAAAGAAGAAACAUCAAGAUACUGUGGAAAAGAAAAGGAUUUGGUGAGAGCAUAUUUAUUCAGGGGCAACAUCUUACUCAGAGAAUUCCCUACUGAUACCUUGUUCGAUGUGAAUGCCAUCGUUGCUCAUGUUCUCUUUGCUCUUCUUUUUAAUGAAGUAAAAUAUAUUACCACUCUGGAAGACCUUCAGAACAUAGAAAAUGCUCUGAAAGGAAAAGCCAACAUUGCAUUCUCCUAUGUAAGAGCCAUUGGAACGCCAGAGCACAGAGCAGUCAUGGAAGCUGCUUUUGUGUAUGGGACUACGUACCAGUUUGUCCUAACCACGGAAACUGCCCUUUUGGAAAGUAUUGGCACUGAGGAUAUCGAAAAUGCACAUCUCUACUUUUUUCAUUGUAAACAAGUCUUGGAUUUGACUGAGCAAUGUAGAAGAACACUGAUGGAACCACCACUGACUACACUGAAUAUUCAUCGAUUUAUUAAGACAAUGGAAGCACCUCUGCUGACCUUUUGUUCUUUUUUUAAAAUGAAGACUGAAGUUGCUGAAGACCCUCAACAGGUUUCAACUGUUCAUCUCCAACUAGGAUUACCACUGGUUUUUAUUGUUAGUCAGCAAGCGACGUAUGAAGCUGAUAGAAGGACUGCAGAAUGGGUCGCUUGGUGUCUUCUGGGGAAAGCAGGAGUUCUACUCUUGUUAAGGGACUCAUUGGAAGUGGACAUUCCUCUGCAUGCUAACGUGGUCUUCAGAAGAGCAGAAGAGGGAGUGCCAGUGGAAUUUUUGGUCUUACAUGAUAUUGAUUUAAUAAUAUCCCGUGUGGAAAGUAAUAUGCACAUUGAAGAAAUACAAGAAGACGGAGAUGAGGACAUGGGAAGUCCAGAUAUGGAUAUUCAAGAUGAUGAAGUGGCAGAAACUGUUUACAGAGAUAGGAAGAGACGGUUACCUUUGGAACUCACGGUAGAACUAACAGAAGAGACGUUUAAUGCAACAGUGGUGGCUUCUGAUAGCAUAGUGCUUUUCUAUGCUGGUUGGCAAGCAGUAUCCAUGGCAUUUCUGCAAUCCUAUAUAGAUUUGGCAAUUAAAUUGAAAGGCACAUCCAGUAUGCUGCUUACUAGAGUGAACUGUGCAGAUUGGCCUGAUUUAUGUACUAAGCAAAAUGUUACUGAAUUUCCUGUUGUAAAGAUGUAUAAGGAAGGCAAGAGCCCGGUGUCUUACCCUGGAAUGUUAGGAACUGAAGAUCUCCUAAAAUUUAUCCAGCUCAACAGGAUUUCAUGCCCAGUGAACAUAACAUCUGUCCAAGAAGCAGAAGAAUAUUUAAGUGGGGAAUUAUAUAAAGACCUGAUCUCCUACUCUAGUGUGUCGGUGCUAGGACUGUUCAGCCCAAACAUGACAACAGCAAAAGAAGAUUUCACUGAAGCAGGAAACUACCUAAAAGGAUGUGUUAUCACUGGAAUUUAUUCUGAAGAUGAUGUUUUGAUACUGUCACACAAAUACGCUGCAACCCUUCCAGCCCUGGUGCUGGCCAGACACAAAGAAGGCGAAAUAGAGAGCAUUCCAUUAGCUAACUCCCCUGCACAAGACAUAGUUCAAAUAAUAACAGAUGCAUUACUGGAAACAUUUCCAGAAAUCACUGUGGAAAAUCUUCCCAUUUAUUUAAGACUUCAGAAACCAUUAUUUAUUUUAUUCAGUGACGGCAGCAUAAAUCCUCAGUAUAAAAAAGCAAUAUUGACGCUGGUAAAUGAGAAACACUUGGAUUCACUUACCCCUUGCUGGUUAAAUCUAAAGAAUACUCCUGUGGGAAGAGGAAUCUUGGAGGCAUAUUUUGAUGCUCUGCCUCCCCUUCCUCUUCUUGUUAUGGUCAAUCUGCAUUCAGGUGGCCAAGUAUUUGCAUUUCCUUCAGACCAGGCUAUCACUGAACAAAACCUUUUAUUGUGGCUGAAGAAACUGGAAGCAGGACUUGAGAGUCACAUCACAAUUUUACCUGCUCAGGAAUGGAAACCUCCUCUUCCUGCUUAUGAUUUUCUAAGUAUGAUGGAUGCUGCAGCAUCUCAUCAUCCCACAAGGAAAGAUCCUGAGUGUGCAAAAGAAACGGAUGCACAGGAGAAUGAUAAAAAACAUGAAGAUAAAUCAGCAUUCAGAAAAGAACCAAUUGAAACACUGAGAAUAAAGCAUUGGAAUAGAAGUAAUUUGUUUAAAGAAGGAGAAAAAUCAUUUAAGCAUGAUAAUAAAGAGUUAUGAUGCUCUAAAGAGUUAACGAGCUGGUUUCAUAGGGCUGUGGAGAGCUUUACAAAGUCUUUUUAGUUUAUUUGAUAGACUGAAGAAUUUAUUAAAAGAUAAUACUAAA